AUGGCAGGACAGACAUCCUCUUCGGACUGUUCUCAUCUAAUCGACCAUAGCCACAUCCCUGAGUUUGAGGUGUCUCCUUGGAUCAAGAUCACUUUGGCCUCAGUGUAUGUCUGCAUCUUUGUUGCGGGCAUCUUGGGCAACAGCAUCACCAUCAAGGCCACCAGGAUCCUGCAGAAGAAAGGCUACCUGCAGAAAGAGGUCACAGACCACAUGGUGAGCCUGGCCUGCUCUGACCUGCUAGUCAUCCUACUGGGCAUGCCCAUGGAGUUCUUCAGUGCCAUCUGGAGCCCCUUUUCCACCCCCAACGGCAACAUAGCUUGCAAGCUCUACUACUUCCUCUUUGAAGCCUGCAGCUAUGCCACUGUGCUGCACGUGGCCACCCUCAGCUUUGAGAGGUAUGUGGCUAUCUGCCACCCCUUCAAGUUCAAGUCAGUCUCUGGACCUCGCACAGUGAAGCUGCUCAUUGCCUUUGUCUGGGGGACAUCUGUCAUAGUGGCUCUGCCCCUGCUCUUUGCCAUGGGCACAGAAUAUCCCCUGGAAACCAUUGAGGGCUACAGAGGUACGACUGCCUGCACCAAGCCCAUGCCAAGGCACCACCUCCCUGAGCUGAAGCACAAUAUGACCAUCUGUACCAGCCUCUCCUCUAAGUGGCCUGUCUUUCAGGCCAGCAUCUUCAGCGCCUUCACCGUGUACAUCAUAGUGCUGGGAUCUGUCACCUUCAUGUGCCGCAGCAUGAUGAAAACCCUGAUGAUCCACAAGGAAGGAACUGUAGCAGUGAAGGGUGGACUAAGACACCAGGAGCAGUACUUAAGAAAAAGCGAGAGCUCAGAAGGCAAGAGCUCCAGGAGACAGAUCAUUUUAUUCCUGGGGGUACUUUUAGCUACAAUGAUAUAUUUUAAGAAACCUGAUUUUCCUGCAUGUUUUUUACUCGCUCUUUUUGUCAUUAGAACAG